AAGUGUCCAAACACAGAGAAAAACUGCUGAAGCGACUGAUCUCCACACUGUUAUAAAGAUGGCGUUUAUUAAAGAGGAGAGUGAAGAUGUGAAGAUUGAAGAAACAUUCACAGUCAAACAGGAAGAUCUGCAGGAACAAACAGACCUGAUGGUGCUGAAAGAGGAGACUCAUCAACAGAAUGAAAUGGAAGAAAAACAGCAGUUUGAGAAACCCCAAGAAAUAAUGACUGAUGAAAAACCCACACUGACUAAAAAGACUUCAUGUGGAAGACCAUGGAAAUCCAAAUCUGAGUGUAAUUUCAGCAGUAAACAAAGUAGAAAGCGUUUCAGUCAAAAGCCAAACAUUGAUGUUGACAUGAGAGUUCACACUAGGAAGAAACUUUACACCUGCAAACAGUGUGGAAAGAGUUUUGGUCAAAAACAAGGCUUUAAAACUCACAUGGGAAUUCACACUGGAGAGAGGCCGUACAUAUGCCAACAGUGUGGAAAAGGCUUCUAUAAUUCAGGAAACCUUGCAGUGCACAUGAGAAUUCACACUGGGGAGAGGAAGUACACAUGCCAACAGUGUGGAAAAAGUGUCUAUAAUGCAGGAAACUUGGCAGUGCACAUGAGAAUUCACACUGGGGAAAGGAAGUACACAUGCCAACAGUGUGGAAAGAGUUUUAAGCAAAAUGGCACCCUUAAAGUCCACAUGAGAACUCACAAUUCCACAAGUCCACAAGGAAGAACUUUUACUUGCACACUGUGUGGGAAAAGUUUUGCUCAAAAACAAAACCUUGACAUCCACAUGAGGAUUCACUCUAGAGAGAGGCCGUACACAUGCCAACAUUGUGGAAAAAGCUUCUAUCUUAAAGUAAACUUUGCAGAGCACAUGAGAAUUCACACUGGGGAGAGGCCAUACACAUGCCAACAUUGUGGAAAAAGCUUCUAUCUUAAAGUAAACUUUGCAGAGCACAUGAGAAUUCACACUGGGGAGAGGCCGUACACAUGCCAACAGUGUGGAAAAAGCGUCUGUAAUGCAGGAAACUUGGCAAUGCACAUGAGAACUCACACUGGGGAGAAGCCUUACUCUUGCCCUCAGUGCGGAAAGAGUUUCAAGCAAAAUUGCACUCUUAAAGUCCACAUGAGAACUCACAAUGGAGAGAGAAGUUUUACUUGCACACAGUGUGGGAAAAGUUUUGCUCAAAAACAAAACCUUGACAUCCACAUGAGAAUUCACACUGGAGAGAAACCUUACACAUGCACAGAGUGUGGUAAAAGUUUCAGAUGUAAAAACACACUCAAACACCACAUGAAAACUCACACUGGAGAGAAGCCGUUUGCAUGUGCUCAGUGUGGAAAGAGCUUCACAACAAAAGAUAGUCUCACAAACCACAUGAAUGAUCACACUGGAACCAUAGUGUUCACAUGUGAUCUAUGUGGAAAGAGUCUCACACGCAAAGACACCAUUAAGCGACACAUGAAGACUCACUCAGGACAGGAUCGUUUUAGAUGCAGUGAGUGUGGACAGAGCUUUAAAUGUAAAAGAAGCCUCAGCACUCACAUGAAGCUUCACAAUGGAGAGCAGAGUCCUCAAAAUUGAAGCCUUGUCCACGCAAACACGGGUAUAUUCAAAACGGCAGCUUUUUCAUGUAG